GGAAGAAGAAAAGAAAGUGGAAGAUAGUGCAAAGGGCUAGUUUUAAUACUUAUGACUGUCUGAACUGUAAUACCUCAUGGACUCCACCUUUAAUCAUAAUAAUAAUAAUAAUAACUUAAUCUAAAACACUGCUUUGUGUACAGGGCGCGUCUGCAGCUCUAAAAGACUUUUUGGUGGUAAUUCACCUUUAUCCAGUGCCUUCAUAAACGCUACGCGGUCAGCGUCCAAUGAGCUCGGCAGCUGACGAACGGAACAGAACGACUCCGUCAUCUUGACUGCUGAACUACGAGUGGGAGCAGCUCGGGCGAACAAUUGCAUAUUUCAAACCACUCGCCGCACUCAGACUUCUCUGGACAGCGUGUGCAGUGGUUGACGGACACUACAUUACUCUGCUGAAAGAAGAUUGUUCUGUGGGGGUUUGGUAUUCGACUUUUGUAGUCCGUUUCCUGCUCAACGACAACUUUUGACAAAUCUAGCGUCUAAGCAAUAUGACAAUCAAGAUAACGAGAGCGCGCACUCUUCCAUUCCAGUGAAAAACGACAUAGAGACAGGAUGUUUAGUCUAACUGAAGUUGCCUCCCUUAAUGACGUCCAGCCGAACUACCGUAUUCUGAAACCAUGGUGGGACGUGUUCAUGGAUUAUAUUGGGGUGAUAAUGUUGAUGUUAGCCAUCUUUUCGGGGACUAUGCAGUUGUCCAAAGACCAAGUGGCAUGUCUUCCCAUUCUUGAUGAAAGCACAAACUGCAGCAUUGGCCAUGAAAAUGUAGACAAUGUGGGGUCUCAAACAGGACGAAAAACAAAUCUGGACUUUCAGCAGUAUGUUUUUGUCAACCAAAUGUGCUACCAUGAGGCCCUACCAUGGUACAACAAAUACUUCCCUUACCUUGCCCUCAUACACACCAUAAUGCUGAUGGUAAGCAGCAAUUUUUGGUUCAAGUACCCAAAGACCAGCUCAAAGAUUGAACACUUUGUUUCCAUUUUGGGGCGGUGCUUUGAAUCACCAUGGACAACCAAAGCCUUGUCAGAAACCGCUUGUGAAGAUUCUGAGGAAAAGCAGAGGUUCACAGGUGGUGUGGUUUUCCAGAAACACGUAUCCUCGGAGGACAGCAGUCAGUCUACACCUUUGAUGGAAACUCCAACGGUGCAGUUUCCAACCGAAAAGCUUAUCGCGGAAGCUCCUAGCCUGACCACUUUAGAUAAAAAAGAUGGAGAACAAGCCAAGGCUCUUUUUGAGAAAGUGCGCAAAUUUCGGGUCCAUGUAGAAGACAGUGACUUCAUCUAUAAACUCUACGUGGCUCAGACAGCCAUAAAAGCACUAAAAAUCAUUUUGAUCUUGAGCUAUACAUCAACAUUUGCCUCAGAGAUCAGUUUCUGCCAUAAAUGCCAAGUUGAAAUCGAAAGUUUGACCGGGUAUAAUCAGUUCUGUUGCACACACAACAUGGCAUUCAUGUUGAGGAAACUUGUUUUCACUUUCAUGGCUCUGAUAUGUCUCUAUGGACUGUUGUGUUUGUAUAAGCUCUACUGGCUCUUCAGGAGACCCCUUAAGGAGUACUCUUUUGAAAAAGUCAGAGAGGAAAGUAGCUUUAGUGAUAUUCCUGAUGUCAAAAAUGACUUUGCGUUUCUUCUGCACAUGGUCGACCAGUACGACCAGUUGUACUCCAAACGAUUCGGUGUAUUUCUAUCGGAGGUUAGUGAGAACAAACUACGAGAAAUAAGCCUUAACCACGAGUGGACAUUCGAAAAACUACGUCAGCAUGUGAACUCCAAUGCUCAGGAUGAACAAGAACUUCACCUCUUUAUGCUGUCGGGACUCCCUAAUGCUGUAUUUGACCUCACUGACCUGGAAGUCCUCAAGUUAGAGCUAAUUCCUGAGGUCAGGAUUUCAGCCAAAGUUUCUCAGAUGACCAGCCUACGGGAACUACAUCUGUAUCACUGCCCCGCUAAAGUCGAACAAACUGCUUUCACUUUUCUCCGCGACCAUCUGCGAUGCCUUCACAUUAAGUUUACUGAUGUUGCAGAAAUCCCACCGUGGAUUUACAUGUUGAGGAGCCUUAAGGAACUGAACCUGAUUGGGAACUUGAGCUCUGAACACAACAAGAUGAUAGGUUUGGAUUCAAUGAAAGAUCUGAGACACUUGAGGACGUUGUACCUCAAAAGCAAUCUCAACAAAAUACCAAAUAAUCUAGCAGAACUCUCGUCGCAUCUCACCAAACUUAUGAUACACAAUGAUGGGACUAAGUUACUGGUAUUGAACAGCCUCAAGAAGAUAACCAGCCUGGUUGAUUUGGAGCUCCAGAACUGUAAUUUGGAGAGGAUCCCCCAUGCCAUCUUUAGCUUGGCUAACUUGCAAGAACUGGAUUUGAAGAAUAAUAAUAUCCAGACCAUUGAGGAGAUCAUCAGCUUUCAGCACCUGAGAAGAUUGAUGUGCCUCAAGUUGUGGUAUAACAAGAUCAGUGCCAUUCCACCAUCAAUUGGCCUAGUAAAGAGUCUGGAGUCCCUCAUUAUCUGUCACAAUAAACUGGAGACUCUUCCUCCAGCUCUAUUUAAUCUGCCCAAGCUGAGGCACAUUGACCUGAGCCACAAUUGCAUCUCAAGUAUACCAGUGGAGGUUGGAUUCCUUCACAAUCUUCAACAUUUCGCAAUCACAGGGAACAAGGUAGAAGUUUUGCCUAAUCAGCUGUUUAAAUGUUCCAAACUAAAGGUUUUAUGUGUGGGUCAUAACAGCAUCACUUCCGUCCCAGAGGCGAUUGGGCAGUUAGUUCAGCUGUGUCAUCUUGAGCUGAAAGGGAACUGCUUAGAUUGCCUGCCAUUCCAGCUUGGCCAGUGUUGCCUUCUUCGGAAAAACCUUCUCUUCGUGGAGGAUCAUCUUUUCGACACACUGCCUCUUGAGGUCAAGGAAAGUAUCAGUAGUGACUAAUGGACUGAUGGACAUUUCAGUUCUGUAGGCAUCUGCAGUAAUUUCUACAGGCCUGUCAUCAACAAUAUAGUCUGUAAAUGGGCCUCAAAGAUGAGAAGAAGAAAUACACCAGAAACGUUACAAACAACAGGUUUGUGCUUGCUUCUGUUUGCCAGCUAGAAGAUCUAUAUAGUUUACAUUAUGUUCUGUUAUACAUUUACAUAUGUAUGUUCUGUUAUUUACAUAUUUUUGGUAGCAUAUUUAAUGUGCAGGCUUACGCAUAUUUUAAAGGGACAUUGCACCCGAAAAUGAAAUUUCUGUCAUUAUUUACUUGUCGUUCCAAACCUGACUUUACUACUGAGGAACACACACAAAAAAAUAAAUAAAUAAAUAUAUAUAUACAAAUAAAAAAAAAGUGUCCAUUUAAUGGGCUCCAAAACAACAUCCAACCCCACUGACUCCUACUGAAUGGACAGAAAACACUGAGAUAUUAUUAUUCUAAAUAUCUUCUAUGUUCCUCCAUAUGUCAUACAGGUUUGGUAUAGACCUGUUGCUAUAAUCAAUAUAUCGACUUAUCGCACAAUAUAUGUACAUGACCUCAGUAAUUUUGGUGACACAAUAUAUUGGCCAUUAUAUUUACAUAAAAAUGAAUGUUGCCAUGUUUUUUGCAUUCCACUGGCGCCUGUGUCUUUUGCAGCUUCUCGAACAUAAUGAGAUGUACUCGCUGCUAAUUCAAAUGUAAAAAAAUGUCUGCAAAAAUAUGCAGAUAUGGCCUUGUUCAGGGAUUUGUGCUUUUGUGCUUACGGACAUUCUGACGGAUUGUGUUUUUAAGCAAUACAGUGUACCCUGAAUUUACUGAGAAAAGGGGUCAUCGGAUGCCCAUUUUCCACAAGUUCAUAUGAUUCUUGAGGGUCUUAAUGAAGUCUGUAACAGUUUUAUAAUUCUUGCAUUAUUAUGUUGUUAUAUUAUUAUUAAUUAUUAAUAAUAUGGUUUAUGGCAUUUUAUUUCUGUGGCAAUAUUUUGCACAACAAAAAGUUGUUAUCGGGACAGGCCUAGUUUGGAACAGCACGAGAGUGAGUAAAUAAUGACAGAAUUAUCAUUUCUGGGAGGACUAUCCCUUUAAGUAUUGAAAGGUCAGUAGUUUGUUUUCAAAAGUGUCUAUCCACACCAGUUUUAAGUGAGGUCUUUUCUUUAACUCUUUAGUCAUGAAAACAAUUCCUAAAACUAAGAAUACAUUGAAUGUUUUUAUACAUUAAACACAUUUUAUUAGAUUUGUACUUUGAGUUUACGAGCAUCACUCAAUAAUCUAUACUCUCCAACAGACAUGAUCUGGCAUGAUGAAAUAUGUGAGGCAAGAUGAAGAAAGUUCAACUUUUCUCUUUAGCAAUAACAGCAAUAUUGCAGCAUGUUUUUGGGUGAGAAUGCGUUUUUGCAUUUCCUUUGUUAAGAGUGAAACGUAUGAAAAGUUUUUGCUGUAGUCUGCUGAUAAGAGGCCUGUCAAGGACUAAAACUGCCAGAAUGGGGGGGGGGGGAUCUCAUGAUUAGAACCUCAGUGACUUUAAAAAGCUGCCCACGGUUCACUUAUGCACUGUCCUUAUGAUUAUAUCUUAGAAUCAGCCACACACUUGUGAAAGAACAUCUAGAACUAGAGGGUCAGUUGUCCUUAACAUUCUCUGUUGUGUAAUUAUUAAUGUCUUAUUUUGUCUGUUCUCUGAUUGUUAUUAAAUGUUGUGUAUGAACAAGA